CACCAAUAACAAGAAACGUCAGCUUGGCCAGGUUGUUCGAGGAGGCGGAGAGACAGACAGGAGGAGCGGAGGACUGCCUCACCUCGAGCAGCAGUAGCUUUCAGUGUCGGAGUUGUUAAGAUGGCUGUCACGGGCUCCUUAUAAAGGACUGGAAUAAUUUCAUCCGUGAGGUUGUGGCAGAUCAGCAAGUCAUUUCGUCGCGGCGGCGGUAGAAGUAUUUCACAUACACAGAGAUCUGCAGAUGGGUCAGGGUCUGUGGAGGGUGGCGAGGAACCAGCAGCUGCAGCAGCAGUACAGUGAACAGUUCUUCCUCCAGCGGGAGAGAGAGCGGGGUUGGAGGGCAGGGCCCCCACUGACUGAGCCACUGCAGCAGCGCCGCACACCACAGUGCCAGGUCCCUGGUACUGACAUCAGCCACCUUCUCCGUGCCCGCAAGUGCAAAGAUGAGCAGGGCUUCAUUGACCUUGAGAUGCUACCACCCGAACUCAGCAUCACCAUCCUCUCAUACCUGAAUGCUACCGAACUGUGCCUGGCCUCCUGCGUAUGGCAGGACUUGGGCAAUGAUGAGUACCUGUGGCAGGGCCUGUGUAAGUCCACUUGGGGUCACUGUUCCAUAUACAAUCGAAGGCUUCCACAUGGAUUUUCUUAUAGAAAGCUUUACAUGGAGUUAGAUGAAGGAAGUCUAACCUUCAACGCCAACCCGCAAGAGGGUAUCAGUUACUUCAUGUCCAGAGGCAUUCUGGUGGACCACCCGAAGGAAAUUGCCAAGUUUAUAUUCUAUACCAGAAUGCUGAAUUGGAAGAUGCUGCGGAUUUAUCUUGAUGAGCGGCGAGAUGUCCUGGAUGAGCUAGUCACACUUCAUAAUUUUAGCAACCAGUUCCUCCCUAAUGCACUCAGGGACUUCUUCAGACACAUUCAUGCCCCAGAGGAGAGGGGCGAAUACCUGGAGACCCUCAUCACCAAGUUUUCUCAUCGCUUUUGUGCCUGCAAUCCCACUCUGGUGCGAGAAGUGGGCCUAAGUCCUGAUGCAGUGUACGUGCUGUGCUACUCUCUCAUCCUUCUCUCCAUUGACCUCACCAGCCCCCAUGUGAAGAACAAGAUGUCCAAGAGGGAGUUUAUCCGAAACACACGGCGGGCUGCUCAGAACAUCAGCGAGGACUUUGUAGGCCACCUCUAUGACAACAUCUAUCUGAUCGGCCAUGUGGCGGCCUAGCCACUACAGUGCAUGAUGCAUUAGAACAGGCGGCUGGUACAUAAACAUUGGCGACUGCGCUUGGAAGGAUUCUGCGCUUGGAAGAAAAACACUGUCAGAACAUUGCAGGUCAUUUUAAACUGAAGUUAUAUGAGUUAAGCUUGAUGUGAUGUGCUGCAGUGCAUUGCAAAGGAGUGGAGUACACGGACAACCACAAUGUGAAGAAACAACAAAACAAGUCAGCUGUUAGCAGGCUAACAUACUGGCAGAGAUAGCAACAAUCUUAUCCUACCACAAAUCACUUAACCAUACAGAACAAUGUAGCUGCAUGAAGAGAUAUGAGAUAAGCUAUGAAGUCAGUUAAAGCUGAAUGUAGAUGUUAUGGGGCUAACGUCAAAUUGGCAAAACAUCUAUUUUCUUCCUCAUUCUAAUUUUGAAACUGCGGUGUUUAUCCAAUGAAUGUCACCAUUUUUUUUUAUUUUGCCAUAUCUACAGUAGCAUUCCAAGAUGAUUCUUCCCAAAUUCACAAACGCCACUAAUCUCCUGUCCUGUCAGUCAGUUUAAUUCAUUAUUCUUACAACAGUUCACUCUGGGUUGGAUAUAAAAAUAUCUUGAAAUUAAUGGUGGUGAGAAGAUAUAUUAGUUUUUAUUAUUAUUAUUAUUAUUAUUAUUAUUAUUAUAAUUAUUAUUCCAGUGUCUUUCCACUUAGACCACCUAUUAAUACUCUAAGCAAAUUAGGCAAGUCUACAGCUGCUGUAAUAUGAAAGGAUUGACAAACUAAAACAUAUAAUGAACAAAGUGUUGUAUUUUUUUAUUAUUAUUAUUAUUAUUGUGCGUGUGUGUGGUUUCUAGUUUACGAGGAUAUAUGUUUGUGCAUUGUCACAUGUGUCUCAUCUUCUUUGAGGAGUGUAAAACCCUGUGAGACACUGUAAGCACUGAACUUUUAUUAUUUAUCAUCUGUUGUUUGUUUGGUAAAAUUUUUUGUUGGUUAUUUUCUUUUCUACAGAUUUCUAAUUUUCCUUUUUUUGUGUUUUUUUAUUUUUAUUUUAUUUUUGUUUUAUUAGCUACAUUCCAAACCGCUUUCAUUGUCUGUGCAAACAUUUUGAAAAUCACUCUGAGAUCACUUAAGUCAUGUCCAUUUACUGGACAUCAGAGUGCUUUAAUCUAGAAAGUCUUUGCCUUUUUCUCAAAUUAUACUUUGGAAAUUACUUUAGAAAAUAUUCCCAACUCAUGAACGUGGGUAUUUAUUUUAUUUUAUUUUUCAAAAUCAGUUGCCAAUAGUGAUGAUUACAUACUAAAAACUACCAUAUACACAAUAAUAAGGAGAAUUUUUCACAAGCUCUUGAUAGAUUAAAGUAGAAUAUUUUAUUUGCACAAAACGUGUGUGUGUGUGUGUGUGUGUGUGUAUAUAUAUAUAUAUAUAUAUAUAUAUAUAUAUAUAUAUAUAUAUAUAUACA